AUGUCAGACUCUCAGGGGGUGGCCAUCCCUGCUGGCAGAAGUGUCCUGACCGUCAUGGAAGCUUUGGCAGCCAAAGAAAAAGAAUGGGGUAGCUCCAAGCCUAAUAAAUUCCUUCUUAUCAGUAGUGGGAGCAGCUCUCCCACUGUGGAAGCAAGAGAAUUUAACCAACGAUUCAAAUCUGAAGAUAAGCACAGCAUUUCCUGCAACAAGCUACAAGGAGAAGAUAAUGCUGGAGCAAGGAAAGGGCUGGCAGUCUGGGCCUCAGAACCGCAGUCUAUGGAGGGACACGAGCAGGAAGGCAACAGCAGUAGGGAAGCUCCAAGUUGCGAACUGGACAACAGUCUGACCAACAUCCAGUGGCUAGGCAAGAUGAGCUCAGACGGCCUGAGCCCCUGCAGUGCAAAAACAGGGAUGCAGAAGGAGAACCAGACACCCAAGCAGGAAGCGGCUGUCAAGCAGACUGAGAAAGGUGCUGCGCCUUCCUCCUCCACUGCCUCAUGGCAGGCGUCUUUCACUGAGCGGCCACCGUAUUCCUAUAUGGCCAUGAUCCAGUUUGCCAUCAACAGCACUGAGAAGAAGUGCAUGACGCUGAAAGACAUCUACACUUGGAUCGAGGACCAUUUCCCUUACUUUAAGCAUGUGGCAAAGCCAGGCUGGAAGAACUCCAUACGGCACAAUCUUUCCCUUCAUGACAUGUUUGUACGGGAGACACCUGCCAGCAGCAAAAUCUCCUUCUGGACUAUUCACCCUGAAGCAAAUCGCUACCUUACCCUGGACCAGGUGUUUAAGCAGCAAAAGCGGCGCACUCCGGAUCCGCAGAAGAACCCUGGCGGCACAGGCGGGAACAGAACCGAGCCACAGCCGGCAUGCCGCAAAAUGAAGCCGUUGCUGCCCCGGAUUAAUUCCUAUCUGGUUCCAGUCCAGUUUCCUCUGAGCCAGUCUCUCAUCCUUCAGCCUUCCGCCAAGAUCCCUCUGCUUGUGUCCCAGAGCAUGUCUGAACCUGCACAGAGCAGCAAGCGGGUACGGAUCGCUCCAAAGGUGUUGCCAACUAGUGUGAAGCCAAACCUAACCUUGCCUGAAAUCUCCAUAAAAGGGGAGGUUUAUUGUGGGGAAGAAUCAUCUCCGUCUGCUUCCCACCAGACCACAAAGGAGGAUGCCUGUCAGAUCAACAGAGAAUUGUUCCCUGCAGUCCUGUCUAUAGAAAAGGAAAGGGGCUUUCACCUUUCUGAAGGAGGGGCCCCUCCUUUCCAAACAGCGCUGCCCGUGGAAGAGCCGCCACUGCAGGGUGAUGAAGAGCUAAGCCUGCUGCUCCCGGCGCCUGAAGAGCAGAAGAAGCAGCUCGCAGCCCUCAAGCCGCCAUUCCAGGAGACGCCUGGCACAGAGAGGCAUGCCUUGCACGAGACCGGCACAUCUAGGAGGAAGCAGCUCUUGGCUCUGCCUUGCCCGGAAGAGCCAGUCCUCCUCCUACCAUCCAGCCAUGGUUCAGAGUCCCUCACACUGGAGCACAGUUCUCCCUUUGAACACCCUCCGGGAAAUGUGUCCCAGCUUAAUUGCUCUCAGGGUGUGUGUGGCCGCUUUGAAACUCCAAUUAAGGAGGUGUUUUGCAAGCUGCCAGCUUCUUCCACUCCUUGUAAAAUGCCCACCUCCUCUUCCCUGACACUUACUGAUCCUUGGAGACUGGUGCCCUUCCUCAAGGAAACUAGUACCCAGGGUUUUAGCCCCAGGAGGAGCCCUCCAGUACCGUCACUGUCCCUCCAGGAGGAUUUAGACCUUAGCACUUCCCCGAGACCAUCCAUGUUUGAUUCUCCUCAGCCACUGCUUCUAAAUACAGAAGCCAAUGAUAUGGUCUCGGGACCACUGAUAAGCUCUCCUGCAUCCAGCAAUGAGUCACCUCCACAAGUUCAAGCUUCUGUCCUCCCUGAAAACUGUUCACUCCAAGAUGGCCUGUUCCUGGAUACCAUGAAUGAGAGUUUGAGCAAAAUCCUGCUUGACAUCAGUUUCCCUGGCUUUGAUGAGGACAACCUGGGGACUGAUCUCAGCUGGUAACGGUUCAUUCCUGAUCUGAACUAAUAAAAGGCAGCUCAUAGGUUCUGAUGUCAACCUUGUUAACAAAGGACAGUCUGCUGCACGAACUCCUUAGUUGUGAUACAUAACUAGCGUGUGACCCAUUCAUAGGGUUGGCCACGGGCCACCUAGAGUUCCACUGGAUAUUGCUCUGGACUAGGCAGUGGACUGAGAUUGAACUGAGCCAAAGGGGAGUGUC